UGCACAUUCAGGCCACUGGAGAUUAUAUUCAAUUUGCUUAGCUGGGGGUUGCAGUUUUAGCAAUGAUGUGCUCCCUUCAGGAAAGUGGAAUGGCUGAAAAUGAGGAAGAAAGUUUCUGCUGAGAUACAAUGAAGAAAAACUAAAAGAAAAAAACUCACCUUUCCUGGGCCAUGGCUACCAGCGCAUCAUCUGGCAUCACUGCUGCUCCCAUUAGCUCCAGUAACAUUACAACAAGCACUGUGCUAACCACUGCCCAACCCAACUUCAUUGAAAGCCUUAUCAACAAAAUUCCAUUACCCAGAUGGGCUCUCAUAGCAAUUGCUGUGGCAGCGGGCCUAGUCCUGCUACUUUUCCUUAUAUGUAUCAUCAAGUGCUGCUGCUGCAGGAAGAAACGCAAGAAGAAGGAGAAACUCAAUUUAGCAACCAUUAAUGGCUCCUCCACCACAGCCAGCUUGGUCCAGCCUGAUAUGGAAGACAUUGAAUGUGGACUGGAAGAUGAGAAACGAGGACGGUUGCAAUAUUCUCUAGAGUAUGACUUCCGUAGCCAGGAGUUGAAGGUUGGAGUGAAACAGGCAGCAGAUCUAAAGGCCAUGGACAGUGGAGGUACCUCUGAUCCCUACGUGAUUGUCUUCCUGACAUCUGACAUAAGGAAGAAGUAUGAAACAAAGGUUCAUCGUAAGACGCUCAAUCCUGUUUUCAAUGAGAGCUUCGUUUUUCAGGUCUCCCAGGCAGAGGUAACUGAGGCCAUACUGGUCAUGCAAGUGUAUGAUUUCAACCGCUUUUCCAAACAUGACAUAAUGGGUGAGGUGUGUCUGCCUCUUGUGGAUGUGAACUUACAGCAUGUAAUGGAACAAUGGCUUGAUCUCUCUCCAGCUGGCAAGAUACAGCAAGAGCACCUUGGAGAUAUCUGCUUCUCACUGCGAUAUGUCCCCAGUACUAGCAAAUUAACGGUAGUCAUUUUGGAAGCCAAAAAACUCAAGCAUAUGGAUGCAAGUGGAUUAUCAGAUCCAUAUGUCAAAGUGCAACUCAUUCUGAACAAAAAGAAAUGGAAGAAAAAGAAGACACGUGUAAAGAAAAACACAUUAAACCCCUACUUCAAUGAAGCCUUUGUUUUUGAAGUACCCUUCAGCUUGAUCCAGAAUGUAGACCUGGUGAUUUCAGUCUGGGAUCAUGACAAAGUGACCAAGGAUGAGCAGAUUGGAAAGCUGUACCUGAGCUGCCGGGCUACAGGGAACCAGCUGCACCACUGGUCAGAUAUGCUGGCUAAUCCUCGCAGGCCUGUGGCACAGUGGCACAGCCUGCAGCCUGUGGAAGUCAUUGACAAAACCCUGGGGUUGAAGACACGCUUCAAGCUGCCAUUACCCACCAGCUAAAAAAAAGCCCAGAACACUUCUCCCCAUGCCUCUCCACUCCAGAAGGAAACUCAUAGCUAUUAUUGAUGAAGGAAGACCUGAUAGAACAAGUCACUACAUCCGGGUCAGUUAGAGAUGUAACUGUGAUUAUUCUAAGCCAGGGAAGGCAAGGCAAGGUGUUAUCCCAAUGUAUCCCACAUUUAGGUAACCAGCAGUUAUCCCAGGGCUCCUUGCCAUCAGGCUCCUCCCUGUGCAGAGGAUUUAUACCACUGCACAAGUCUCCUUAUUGGUGUUCUCCAGGGCUGGAGAGGAUACGGAAGCAAGAGAAUGGAAAGGCCAUCCUGUUGGCCAAAGUGGGAGUUGAACAAUCAGUGCUCCAGCCAGCACCCUUCCCUUGUCAUUGCUUUGUUCCAUCUGCUUUCACAGGGAGGCUGAAAAAACCCACUGCCAGUGCAGAGGGGGAUGGGUGGGUGGGAAGGAAUGGCAAAGCUCUAUAGCACUUUCACUUUAGGAAGAAGGGGAGAUCAGGGUGAGAUGGAAAACUGCCUGCCCUACGGUGUCAGAGCAAACAUGGCAAAAUAGCAGAAGUGGAAGUUAAUCAACUCAUCAGCUGAUGACUUCCCUAAGACUAAAGGUGUUCUGGAGACAUGGAGAUAUGGGGCCAGACACAAUCUUGUGAAUCCAGUGAAAACUGAUAUGUUCAAGAGUGGUAUGUACUAUAAUGUACUAUAUUAUAAUACUAUAAUAGUUAUAGUAUUAUAAUAUAGUAUAAUAGUAUUAUAAUAUAGUAUUACAAUAACUAUAAUGUAUGUUUUACCUUGAUGGGGGGGGAACAUGUAGCCCUUCAAAAUCAAGCUGUUAACAUAUUGCUGUAUGGAGUUGUGUGGUUCUGGUUUUCCCUCAAGGGGAAAGCAAAAUUUGAAAAUAACCAUGAUUAGAGUUGCACUCCCUGUCCUUAUUAAAUAUUUAAAAAAUAAAUUUCUUUGCCAU